GCCCGGCUGACGGGGCGGCCAGCCCCACCCUCUUCCCGCUCAGGAGGAGGAGCCGACCCGCCCAGAGCCGGCCUCCCGCAGUAGUGCAGGCGCUGCUCCCUGCCAGUCAGGACGACACAAAACGAGGAAUUUAAGGAAGAGUGUCGACCGCUGCCCUUCUCAGCGCUCGAAACCGCACCAUGCUUGCCUUCCGAAGGAGCCUGACUAGGGCCCUGGCCGCUACAACGAUGGCGCCUCAGGUGUGUUCAUCUUUUGCUACAGGCCCCAGACAAUAUGAUGGAACAUUCUAUGAAUUCCGUACCUAUUAUCUUAAGCCCUCAAAGAUGAAUGAAUUCCUGGAAAAUGUUAAGAAAAACAUUCAUCUUCGGACAGCUCACUCUGAAUUGGUUGGAUACUGGAGUGUAGAAUUUGGAGGCAGAGUGAAUAAAGUGUUUCAUAUCUGGAAGUAUGACAAUUUUACUCAUCGAACUGAAGUUCGGAAAGCCUUGGCCAAAGAUAAGGAAUGGCAAGAACAAUUUCUCAUUCCAAAUUUGGCUCUUAUUGAUAAACAGGAGAGUGAAAUCACUUAUCUGGUGCCAUGGUGCAAAUUAGUAAAACCUCCAAAAGAAGGAGUCUAUGAACUGGCUACUUUUCAGAUGAAACCUGGUGGGCCAGCUCUGUGGGGUGACCCAUUUAAAAGGGCAGUUCAUACUCAUGUCAAUCAAGGCUACACAAAAUUAGUUGGAGUGUUCCAUGCAGAAUAUGGAGUACUCAACAGAGUUCAUGUUCUUUGGUGGAACGAAAGUGCAGACAGCCGUGCAGCUGGGAGACAUCAGUCUCAUGAGGAUCCCAGAGUAGUGGCAGCUGUUCGGGAAAGUGUUAACUUCCUUGAGUCUCAGCAGAAUAUGCUUCUGAUUCCUACAUCAUUUUCACCAUUGAAAUAGUUUUCCAGUAAUAUACAGAGCAUUUCAUGAACUGUCAUAAGAUGUAUCUGCUAUUGGUGCUUAAAUUCCCCCAAGAGAUUCUCACUUUAUUUUGAAGGAGGUGGUAAGUUAAUUUGCUAUGUCCUUUGCAUAUUUAAAAGCUACAUCUGUCCAUUGUCACUACCACUUCAGGAAACAGUCUGUCCCCUUGGCAUUUUAGUAUCUGUCAUAUGUUAAAAAUACUUGCCUUUAUUACCAGGUCUUGAUUUUUCAUUUGUUUGAGAAUAUCUCUCAUUCUGUGUUUUGAUAACCCUCUGCUUUUGUAGCAUUUUCUUACAUUCAAAUGAUUAUUACAUUUCCAUAUCUAUGAUAAUAUCUUUAAAUUAUUUGUAUACAUUAUUACCUUUUUCAUCAUGUCUGUUUUUCUGAGAUUUUAAAAGUUUUUGUCCAGUCAGGUUUAUUUUAUAAUACCAAAUGGGGUUCAUAAAAAUAUUAAACAUAUUUCUUUACUAUGGAAGAGUACAAUGUUAUCUGUGUCAUCUGUAUUAAUGUUUUUCACAUUACUUACUUGAAAAAUGUUAUUAGGUCCUGUUAUUAAACAUCAUUGAUGAAUCAUUGGUUUAUAUGCUGCACUGUCUUCAUUUAUAGUCAGUUUUACUAAUUUUUACUUCAUUUUGGAUCACUUUUAAUAAAGACAUUUAAUAAAUAUCUUAUAAAAGAUAUUUUAACAAAGAUAUUAGUGAGAUAUUUAUGCUUAUGGAAAUGUUUGCCCUAAUAAAAGUCUACAUAUACAAUCUGAUUCUUUUUAUUGUGUUUUAUAUUUUUAUCUUCAUUUAUGAAGCUGUUGUAUUGCCAUAAGUUGUAUUGCCAUAAGGUAAUGAGACAAUAAUAAUAUACUAUCUUUAUUGUAAAUAUUAAGUCACCUCAAGUAAAUAAAAGUCUACAUAUACAA